UAUGCGUUUAUGAAUCAUGAUUGGAUUUGUUUUGUUUCAUCUGUAGCACCAGCUUUCCAAUCGCGAAACCUAGGUUUUGUGAGAUACUAAAGGAAAACAAAAGAAUGGCGUGGAGAAGCCAAUUAUCUCGAAAUCUCAAAGAGCUACGAAUUCUGUUUUGCCAAACUUCCCCUUCCAGUGCCUCCGCUAGAUCAUUCGUGGAGCAAAAUUACAAGGAUCUCAAGACUUUAAACCCCAAAUUUCCGAUCCUCAUUCGUGAAUGCCGUGGGAUUGAGCCCCAAAUUUGGGCUAGAUAUGAUAUGGGUGUUGAGAGGGGCAUUCGCUUGGAAGGUUUGACUGAACCACAGAUAUUGAAGGCACUAGAAGAUCUUGUGAAAGCAGGUGCAUCCCUCAAAGCCUAAUACAUUGCUGGUAUUGAAUCGAAUUAUUCGAAAUAAGUUGAUCUUCUCUGAAAAGUUUUCCCUUUGAAGGUUUUCCUUAUAUUCAGCUGUCAUGAUGAUAGUGUUGGAUGGUUGUUGAAAGUUCAGAAGUUAUGUUGUUCCCUUGCCAUUUAAGGUUCAAAGUUCAAACACUGCAGAAACUUCCCCUGAUUAUAGAAAUAUUAAAAUAAAUUACCAAAAUUUAACAUGAA